AGCCGCCUCCGACGGGCGGGAAGCACGCGCUGGAUUCUGUGGCUGAUUUUCAAACUUUAACCGUCUCCUGAGGAAUUAGCCCCAGCCUCAGCUGCCACCGAAGACCGGGUCGGACACUGAGCGUGUGUAAGCGGAGGAUUUGACCGCACGACGGAGGAAAUGUGAGCGACAAUGUGACGUUUGGGAGCCUCGACGAGGAUUAUCGCCGUCUCCAGCCGUGGGCUGAUUUUCCCUCAAAAGAUAAGCGACUUUCGGCAUGCAGAGCCUGCUGCGGAUCUGCGAGCCUCCACUAACGUGAAGCAAGAGCGUAGCUUGUUAAAAGUGCAGCUUUAGCCAUCGCUACAAGAUUGCUAGUUUUCUCUGAAAGUGCAUUUCCUCCCUAAAAAUGUUCUCGGAGCACGUCGUCGGAAUAUCAGAGUCAGCGGUGUGAUUUAUAAUUGAUAACGGAGGACGGAGCUGCCGGACACCGCCCGGACCGGGAUUUCAUCCUCUUUGGGGAAAAGAAAAGGACUGGCAGCUUCCAGCUGGGCGUGCAGACGGACGGAAACGACGCUCAUCACCUGGAAUGUUUGGAAAGUGAAAUUGUUUUAGGUUAUCUGUUUAAAAGGGGCCCUUACUGGAGGGAUACCUGCAUGAUUCUGGGAGCAGUCCAGCCAUUCAGAGCCCCUAAAGCGGAUGCGUGGAUAAGUGAAGCUCCUAUUUUUGUACUCAAGGACACCUUCAGUGUCGGUGGGUGUAGUUUCUUGCAGCCUGGCAGUAUUUGGGUUUUGAAGCACAAGCCGGAGCAGGAUUUCUACGGGGACUUCAGAUUAUCGGAAUUAAAGCUCUUUAGCCCCCCAGCACCACUUUUCUCUGAGCCUUGGUCUCCAGCAUCGAUGCGGAUAGCUCUUCCGUGCCCGUUACUUUAAAUACGCUAUUGGAGUAACGUUACUUGAGCUUUUUGAGGCGAAUAGGAGUUUUAUCAACAGCCGUGUGACCUCCUCCCCUCUGCCACCCACCCAUCCUGCUCUUUCCAGGAUCUACGUGUACAGGAGUGUUUCUCGUGGCUGUGCACGGCAAGCCCACCGGCACCUGGAUCCCUGCUUCGCCCCGUUUUUUUCUUUUCUGCUGCCUAACCGCGCGAGCGUCUGUUCCGCUGCCCGAGCUCACUCACACACUCUCUCACACACACACACCGCUUUUUUUUCAGCACCAGAAAACAAACAAACAAACAAACAAAGAAAACUACCAAGAUAGCUCCUCUCGCUUCGUGUGCAAGGGAAGGAGUCGCGCAAGAGUGGAGACCGUGAGUUUGGAUAAGUGGACUGAUCGGGGGAGAAAGACGAGAGGAUUUUUGUGGAGGGGGUAGAAAAGAGACACAUCAGGAGGAGAGGAGUUGGUGAUCGAUGAAGACUCCAACUCCACCAUCUUUGGCUGCAGAUGGUAGUCCUCGUUCUGCUCCGCAGCUCCGACAAGCUCGGCAUAGAGCAGAAGAAGGACUUCUGUCGCCAGUUUCAGUCCAAAACAGUGAAGCAACUGAAUGAUGUCGAGGAGGAGCGCAACAGUGACCUGGGCAGCCUGUUGGAAGGGAAACAAAACACAGGAAAGGCUGAGGCUAGCUGGUUAACCUUCAAAAUAAAAGCAUGGGGAUUGUGGCUGAAAGAAAGGUGUCAGAAAGGUCUGACAUUGGAACCAGAUGACAGAAAGGUAGGAGGGUGUCCUUGUUAGCUUGUCAUCCUGUUGUAACCCUGAGGCCAGUGAUGUGACUGGAAUGUGAAUUCAUCAUAAAAGGACCGACUCUACCUGAGGACUUCCUGCUUCCCCAAGAAACUCAGGCAAACUUGGCAGACUUUGACGAGCAGGUUACUGAGCCAAUGGUAGACUUACUGGACUUUUAAAGAGCACCUGCUGGGUCCUCCAGUCCGAUUUACGAGGGCGUGUGCACCACACGGAUGAGCCCGUGAACCCGGAUGAGCACCAUCGCUGCGAUAUACCCUGUAAGAAGAGGACGGCCCCCCUCCCUGGCUGUUCCUGAUCGAGUCAUCACAUUGCUACCAUACUUGGUCGUGAUUGGCUGACAUUGUUGAAGAGAUACUGAAACCCUCUGAAGCAGCAGGAGAGCAGCCAUGGAUGUCAUCUCCUUGCUGGUCUGCCCUCUCCUCUUCAUCCUCCUGUCCUCCCUCCCCUCCUGCUCCUCGUCCAUGCUGUGUCCGAAGCGGUGCACGUGCCAGAAUCUGCUGCCCUCCUACACGGUGCUUUGCGCCAAGACGGGCCUCCUCUUCGUCCCGCCCAACAUUGACCGCCAGACGGCCGAGCUCAGGCUGAUGGACAACUUCAUCACGACGCUGAGGCACCGUGACUUCGCCAACAUGACCAGCCUGAUCCACCUGACACUAAGUCGAAACACCAUCAGUCAGAUCAGGCCCUACACCUUUGCUGAUCUCCAGGACCUCCACGCCCUCCACCUGGAUGCCAACCGCCUCACUGUGCUGGAUGACUCUCACUUCCAGGGCCUGGUGAACCUGAGGCACCUCAUCCUGGCCAACAACCAGCUGCACAGUAUAUCAGAGGGAGCCUUUCAGGACUUCCUGGAGACUCUGGAGGAUUUGGAUCUGAGCUAUAACAACCUGGUGGAAAUCCCCUGGGACACCAUUGCUUUGCUCGUCAGCGUCAACACCCUCAGCCUGGACCACAACCUCAUAGAGAGCGUCCCAGAGGGAAUCUUCUCCAACCUGCACAAACUGGCCAGGCUAGACAUGACCUCUAACAAGCUGAAGAAAAUACCUCCAGACCCACUGUUCCUGCGGAUCCCGGUGUACGCCAAGAUGAAGGGCUCUCCUCUUACAGCGCUGGUGCUGAGUUUUGGCGGGAACCCUCUGCACUGUAACUGUGAGCUGGUUUGGCUUCGCAGGCUGACCAGAGAGGACGACCUGGAGACCUGCGCUUCACCUAAAGACCUGGCUGGCAAAUACUUCUGGACCAUAAGAGAGGAGGAGUUUGUUUGUGAGCCACCAAUGAUAACACGCCACACCUCCAAGAUGUUUGUAAUGGAGGGUCAGGAAGUCAGCCUGCGAUGCAAGUCCAUCGGUGACCCUGAGCCUUCAACACACUGGGUCAGUCCAGAUGGGAAGUUGAUUGGAAACACAUCGAGAACAAUAUGUUAUGAGAAUGGUUCCCUUGACAUUCUCAAGGCCUCCGUCAAGGAUUCUGGAAAAUUCACCUGUAUAGCGUCCAAUGCUGCCGGGGAGGCCACUGCUCCUGUAGAGUUAGUCGUGAACCCUUCUCCACACUUUGACCCCAAACUGGACCCUGACCCGGGGCCUUCGGACAUCCCUACGUCCAUCAAAUCCAAUAUCAGCGGAGGCCAGGCCCGCUCUGACCAGCACAGGGUCAGCGUGUCGGAUCUGACGUCCAGCUCUGCCACCAUCAGAUGGCCUCCACAGAACCACAUACCAGGCGUGCGCAUGUACCAGAUCCAGUAUAACAGUUCCACAGAUGAUAUACUCAUAUACAGGAUGAUCCCAGCUAACCACAAAUACUUCCAGCUGAGUGAUCUGGCAUCAUCGCGGGAUUACGAGCUGUGUGUUUUGGCCGUGUACGAUGAUGGCAUCACUGCCCUGACAGGCACUAAGCUGGUGGGCUGUGUGUCCUUCACAACGGAGUCAGAAUACGGACGCUGCCACUCUAUACGAGACCAGUUCCUGGGUGGUACCAUGAUCAUCAUCAUUGGGGGGAUCAUCGUGGCCUCUGUCCUCGUCUUCAUCUUCAUUCUCCUGAUGAAGUACAAGCUGCACAGUAACCACUACAAGCAGAAAGCUGCCGCACGCCACGCCAACGUCUGUUCCCAGACCAAUGGAGGAGGAGGAGGUGGAGCCAACAUCCUUGCUCUGCCUCCAUCGUCCUCCUCUGCAGGGCAAGGUGGAGGCAUUAAUAGAAACUCCCAACCGUCAUCGUCGACAGAUGGGAUGGGAGGAGCUUCUCUUCGAGGGACGACUGUAGUGGACUUAAAUCCCGCCCAUGACGAUGACAUUUCCCAAUAACACACAAGAAACAGUCCAACCCACAACCCACCAAUCUCUAAGCCCAAACCAAUACUCCACCUCCCUCCCCCUCUUUUUUAAUUUGUUGCUGGUGCCUGGAGCCAAGCUCCACUUUAAGCCGAGGAGCAGCUCCUGUCAUUGAUUUACUUACAUUCAGCUUCACAGCGCUGGAGGGAGAAGAGGUGAAAGAGGUGCCUCGUGGGUUGUAUGUUAACAUCCUCCUUGUGAGCCCUGACAAUUUGAUACACACUAUCCUCUGAUGCCACGACAUACCAGACCCACACAGGAUGUGACCUUUGGAGCCAGAGAAUUCAAAGCCCACCUGCUGAUAUGCAAAAGACCCCAUGCUGCUGGGAUGGACAUGUUGGAUACAGGUCUGGAUCUUGGCUUUGAAGCCCACGUGUUCUGUGCUUAACUGGUUCUCGAAACUUUGGAUCAGAGGAACGAGAUAAAACCCUCACAGAAGCUCUUUUUCUUCCUUCGAGGAUGUAAACAAUCAUCUGACGGGUGUUUGUGUGAUCGCGUUGUUUCUGGGAAUGUACAGAACAGAUUUCUGUGGACAACAUUUCCCCUGGAUGUUCUCGUGGUCAGUGGUUGGUGGCACCGCUCUUCUCUUUCCCCAGCAUAUAGUCAUAUGCCAAAGGAUUACAACAGUCUUAUGACAGCACUAUUACAUCACUGGGAGGAAACCCAGACUUCCGGAAACACACCUCUUAGAAACUCCAUGUUGGGCCUUGGAUUGAAAAUAUGAGCACAUUGUCAGCGUCUUGUCUCAAAGCAUCUAUGAUAAUGACAAACUGUCAAGAAACUAAACCGUGAACAAUUCUGGCACUUUACUCAUAUGUUUUCAUCUCAUCCCUCUGCCCCGCCUUCUCUUGCUCUAUUUCUCUUAAUCACUCUGUCUCUCCCCUUUUCUCUCUGAUGAACAGCUGACUUGUAUAUCCUCCAGUAUUACCAAUCUAACUCUUCUGGCUGUGGAUGACUUAGAAAAUGUUGACAUAAUCGGUAUGUUUGCGUCCAUUGUGGAUCGGUUCUCUCUGUGUUGGAAUAUUACAAAAAAAAUUAAAAAAUUAAAAUCGGUGUCCCGAAGGACGGAGCCUUUACGAGCACCAGUGGGAAGUGAUUCAGCGUCUCUACUCGUGACGGUGAAAGCGGUGAAAACGCUCUAACGCUGGAGAGCAGCUGUGCGUGAACACAUCGCUGGUGAACUUGACCAAAAGUGUUCCUACCACUAAACGCUGGCACUCGGGACGGUUAAAUAUACCAAGUGGUUUUAAAAAUGGCCGGCAGAACUCGCGCUGUCCCUUCCUGUCCCCCGUCCUCCCCUCCUCCCUCCCCCUCGAUGCCCCUCUUUGCCGUUUGACAGUGUCUGUGUUUGUAUGCGACAUACACCUUACAGUCUUCGAUGGUUUGAUACCCAUGAUUUACUUUGAAUAUAACGAAACUAAUGACCACAAUAAGGAGAAAAAAACACAACAACAUGCGAAAUGGGGAUUUUAUGCUUUCAUAGAUACAAUUAUGUGGAUUUAUAAUGAAAUAAAAGGUAUUUUUCUUGGAAAAAAA